UGGUACUGCCGCGGCCGCCACCGCAGCUGCCGGUGCUUACUCGUUGCCGCGUCUUCCCGGAGGCGGCUACUGGAAGCCGCCGGGAGCAGCUGCGGUGCUCUGCCAUAUUGUGUCUUCCCCUGCUCGUUCCUCACCCCUCCGCUGCGGCGGCCGAGCUGACGGUUUUAUCACCCCAAGAAAACCCAGAGGAGUCUUUUUCCCCCCCACCUCAGAACUGUAAGAGUAAAUGGGUCCAAUAAUUGGAAUGACUCCAGAAAAGAGAGCUGAAACUCCAGGAGCUGAAAAGGUUGCAGGAUUAAGCCAGAUUUACAAAAUGGGAAGCUUGCCUGAAGCUGUUGAUGCUGCCAGGCCAAAGGCCACUCUAGUGAACAGUGAGUCAGCAGAUGAUGAACUCACAAACUUGAACUGGCUUCACGAAAGUACUAAUCUCCUAACAAACUUCAGCUUUGGAAGUGAGGGUCUUCCAAUUGUUAGUCCAUUGUAUGACAUAGAGGGAGAUGAUGUGCCAUCCUUAGGACCGUCGUGCUAUCAGAACCCAGAAAAAAAAUCAGCAACUUCAAAACCCCCAUACUCCUUUAGUCUUCUCAUUUAUAUGGCUAUUGAACACUCUCCAAAUAAAUGUUUGCCUGUCAAGGAAAUUUAUAGCUGGAUACUGAACCGCUUCCCAUAUUUUGCAACUGCACCAACAGGCUGGAAGAAUUCUGUUCGACAUAAUCUGUCCCUGAAUAAAUGUUUUCAGAAAGUGGAAAGAAGCCAUGGCAAGGUUAAUGGAAAAGGCUCCUUAUGGUGUGUUGAUCCAGAAUAUAAACCCAACCUUAUGCAAGCACUGAAGAAGCAACCUUUUCCCUCAAAAUCAACAUUUUACAGCCCUCCUGCAUCACCACAAAGUGGUUCCUUAUCACCUCACUACUUAAGCUCUGUACUCAAGCAGAACCAGGUGCGAACUCUCAAAGAAUCUGAUAUUGACGCUGCCACUGCAAUGAUGCUUUUAAAUACUUCUAUAGAACAAGGAAUUUUGGAAUGUGAGAAGCCUCUUCCUCUUAAAACAGCAGUGCAAAAAAAAAGGAGUUAUAGCAAUGCAUUUAAUCAUUCCAGUGCUAUGCGAUUACACGAGAGUGAUUCUUUAGCCACCAGCAUUGAUCCAAAAGAAGACCACAAUUACAGUGCAAGUAGCAUGACAGCACAGCGUUGUGCAUCCAGGUCUAGUGUGUCUUCCCUGUCUUCUGUGGAUGAGGUAUAUGAAUUUAUCCCAAAGAGUAGCCAUGUAGGAAGUGAUGGCAGUGAAGGAUUUCACAGUGAAGAAGAUACAGACGUUGAUUAUGAAGAUGAUCCUCUUGGAGACAGUGGCUAUGCAUCACAGGCUUGUGCAGAUACCUCUGGAAAAGGGCAGCCAGACAAAAAGAUGCGAAAACAGUCGUGUCAAGAAAUUGAUGAGGAGCUCAAAGAGGCAGCUGGAUCUCUACUCCACCUUGCUGGAAUUCGUACAUGUCUAGGUUCCCUAAUAAGUACUGCAAAGACACAAAAUCAAAAGCAACGGAAAAAAUAAAAAUACUUAUUAGUGUGAAAUUAUUUUUAAAUGUGGCAAUACUCUUCUACUUAAUUCUUUACAAGGGAUAUCAAAGCCAUAAUGGACUUCUUUUGUUUCAGGGUGGGGGAGGAGUGCUAAUUACCUGUUUAUUUCUAAACAUUUUUGUUUUUUAAAUUUUUAUUAAAUAAUUGCUGUUAGGAUCAUGCCCAAUCAUAAAUAUGAUGUGAAGUCCUAAAAGCAUAAUUUCUGUGAUAAGUGUGAAACCCCAGCCUUUGUCUUAAACUUGUAGGGAAAAUCUUUUAUUCUAUUAAUGUGUCCAAAUAUAAGAAUUGGCAACUCUGUAACAUAUUUUUUUCAUUUUCUCUUCCAAUCUGUAAUUAAUUAUAGUUGCUGAUCCAGCUAAAAAUUUUGCUGCUUUCUUUCUCACAUACUCCUCUCUUGACACAAUGCAAUCCAAUAGGAUGAGAUUUCAAUUUUUUAUUUUGUCUUAAUUUUUGUUUUUUGUUUUUUGGGUUUUUUUUUUUUGCGGUACACGGGCCUCUCACCAUUGUGGCCUCUCCCGUUGCAGAGCACAGGCUCCAGACACGCAGGCUCAGCGGCCAUGGCUCACGGGCCCAGCCGCUCCGCGGCAUGUGGAAUCUUCCCGGACCGGGGCACGAACCCGUGUCCCCUGCAUCGGCAGGCGGACUCCCAACCACUGUGCCACCAGGGAAGCCCAAUUUUUGUUUUUAAUUACUUUUUGUUGACACAUGAACAAAGUUGAAUAUAAAUUGGAAAAGAUCCUAGAUGUCUAGAAAGUUCCUUUUGGAUACAUAGACAGUAUAGCAAAAAUUCUAAGAUUUAGAAAAGGCAAUUUUGUGAUGUAAUUUCAUUUAAGAACACUCUAAUUCCUAUUACAAUAUUAUCUGAAAUUUUUUAACUUCCCAGAUAUUGCAUAGCAUUUAUUGGAGCCAUUUCUUCUUUCCCAAAGUGCUUUGCAACCAUUGUUUAAAUUUUAGCCACUGUCUUUGUUGAGGAGAAACUAUCCAAUGAGAGGAUAUAGCCAUAGAGUGUAUUAGGAAGUUAACACCCAUUUUGUCACACUUCUGUAAUAAGAGGAUCUUUCAUUUGCUUGUUAAAUGUGCUGCAUUCUGAGAUUCUUGUAGUACAAAUGGACUGUAAUCUAAUAUAAACAUUUUGAAUACAUAUUACUUAUGUUAUCGUAAAUAAAGGUAGAUCAUUUAGGAAAAAACUUCUGCCCAAACUUUGUAUGAAUUAAAUUUGUAUGUGCACCCAGUUAAGUUAAAGGAUUUAACAAAACUAUAGAGACAAAAUGCCUUCGUGGAUUUCAAAAUUCGUAUAAAAUUAAAUCUUAUAUAAUACAUCCUUUUGAGGAGGCAGUGUAAUACCUAUUAUGUGCCAUUAAAUCCAUGCUAAAAGACUUUGUUACUGUUCAAAAUGUGUAUUGACCAAGGCCUUUUUCAGUAUUUGAACAAAUCUGCUUGUAUGAUACAUUUUUUCAUAUCAUUUAUAUAAUGUGACUAUGUCAUUCAAAAGGAACAAGGGAUACUAAUAAAACUAAUUCACUAUAUAUUUUUUUACAACGGCAGAAGCAACUUUCCAAAAGUUCAGUCUUAUCUCAUGCUACAUCCUGUUUCAUAGACAGUGACCUUGUUUUCAUUUUCUGAUAAUUUCAUAUAUACAUAUACAUACAGACAUAUACAUACAUACACACAUAAGCUCACGAUUUUGGUUCGUUACUUUCAACUACUUCUAUGACGAUAAAGCAUUUUCUUGGAUUUUUUUUAAACAAACAUUUUUAACUUGUAGAGUUUAUUUGGGCAAAACUAAAACAAGAAGCAUAAUGAAAACGUCUUUUUCAGUUGGCAAGACUUUAAGCCAGGGAUAACAACAUUAAUAUUACCUGUCCUGUUCCCAUGUUAAUUGUAAUUGAACCUGGAUAGCCACAUUAAUAGAAUCGGUGCUGUUGAAAAAUAGUAAUCUUUCAAUUCGUUGAUAAUGAAUAAGUGUGCAGGAUGAGGUAUUGGAUUUUUUUGUUCUUCAUAUAUGUCACAUCUUCUACAGAAAAUGGCUAACCCAAGUUAACAUCUUUUACUGUAGACAGUGACUAUAACACCAAAAAUUGUUUUUACCAUGGUAUAAGUAGUACCCAGAUUAUAAAAAUCAUUUUAAUAACAAAAUGUUUUUAAGCUAUUUACUGUGGCCCUCUGGAUAGACCUUAUUAACAAUGUUUUAAUGAUCUGGUUCCAAUUUAUCUUGUUCAACUGAAAUUCUGUACCACAAGUGUUCUGUCUGGUUCCUGUCCAUUAGAUAAUUAGUAUUUGUGAAGUAAAGAAGAAUAAGAUAAGGAGAGGGAGAGUCCUUCCCAGUUCAAGUAGAGAUCUUCAGAGUUAUUUUUGUCUUAAUAUAAAUAGCAAUAACUCUUUAAACUUGAUUUUCUCUCCCUCUUCAUUGUACUCUUCCCACAAAUUUAAAAGUUAAAAGUUCUAUUCAUCACUAGCAAGGUCAAUAAACUUUCACACUAAAACCUAACAGGAAGAAGUUAUAGGAUAUUUUUUAUUGAAUUCUUAUAUAGAAUUCAAUGCAUCACUUUCCAUGUGCUGAUUUACCAAGGCAGUUAUUUUUAAGGUGAAGAACCUUUUUAAUUAUGGUACCCCUUUAGUACUUCCAUAGAUAUCCCAUUCCUCAGGUUUGUUGAGAUAAAAACAUGGCUAGUAACCACCCAGUUAAGGAAAGUCAUUUCAAGUCCUAUGGACUGGAACUUGUAUUUCUAAGAAUAUAUUACUAGCAAAUUUUACUAUAAUAAAAACAACUUGGCAAUCCUGGAGAGGUUUUAUAUUUUAAAACUGUGACUUAAACUAACAUAUAAUUUGCCUUGCAUCAAUAUAAAUUGUUACAACCAAUUCCAGUUUAUAAUAGAUCCCUAGUAAAGUUUUAAUAGUUAAUCUUUAUCUUUCACAUCCCAAAUAGAACCAGUGUUUCAUGAAUAUGUAUUUUUGAAGUUUAUUUGUGCAAUAUAUUACUAAGUUAGUUCAUGUUUUAUUUUACUUUUCAAAUUCAGAGAAAGAAAGUAUUACAUGGAGAAGCUAAUUAUUGGUGGAUCACCUCCUUUUUUUCCACCUUUGAGCCUUUCAUGUCCUCCUUGUAACCAAUGUGACUUCUCUUAACUCAGAUUCCUUUGUAUAUAGUAAAGUUUAGAAUAUAUAUAUUUUUUCUUUUGCUACUUUCUGAGGCAUUAUGUAAAGUGUCAUACUGGGUCGUCAGUUAAAUAUAUGUUAGCACGAAUUCAAAACUAGAGAAAGUUUUAAGGGGGGGAAUGUGUGUGUCUUGGUAGACCAGGAGGCCUUUCCCAGCAAUUUAAGCAACAGGUGUGAAUACUUCACAAAUCUGUGAAGACUAUUGUCUUAAAUACUACAGUAACUUAACAACCUUUUGUGAAGACCAUAGCAUUUAAUUAAGAAACUUUGAGGCUUUCUAGUUUACAUAUAUUUUAUAGUUUUUUGUUAGUUUGAAAAGUUAUAUAAGCUUUGAUUUAAACAAAGUUUGCUUUAGUAUGUUAAUGAUGUAGUCAAAAUAUUUAUUGAAAGACAAAGUAGAGUAUUUUAAUGUUAUACCUGCCAUUUUUUUAAAAGCACAUUUUUUGCAUCUAACUGCCAG